AUGCGCGGUGUCUCCGUCCCACAGCACCAGUUUGCUCGAUACGCCGACACGUACCUCCAUGCGCGCGACCGCAGGCAACGCGACGCGGUCCAAAUACAUCUCCUACAAGCUGCGUGUCGUUCGUACACCCGCGUUGUCCUCCGCCUCCGCGCGCAGGCCGAAGCCGAAGCUCAGAUGAUGUCCAUCGAGCGAGCGCGCAGCCCCUCGUCGUUCGACAGGGCGCUCAGUCCGCGUGGAUGGGGCGGUUCGUCCACCUCGGUGAAUCGUAUCCCAACAUCCCCAACACCCAAGAAGAGCCUCUCGCGUAGUUCAAGCCGUGCGCCAUCGCCAAUGUCGGGCUUCAGCCACUCUCAACACGGGCACGCGCUCACUGCAUCAAUCCCUGGAUCGGUUGGUCCUCCGUCUAGCGGCAACGGAGUCCCCAUUGGAUUUCAGUCGCCUCUCUUCAGACUGCGCAGGGCGCCGUUGCUUCAAGUUUUCGUUCCAUCGCCGGAGGGUGAUUGGCUCUCAGAUGCCAGCGUGCUCGAGUGCGAGCGGGAGCUCAAGCGCGCAGAUGUCACCAAGUAUCUCCGCGCUGGCGAUGUCGUGUGGGACGCGGCUGUGGGCGAUGAGGGCAAUGUGGGACGUUUGGUGUGGGACGGCAACUAUCUCAUCGAUCUUGACUACGCUUACUCGCGCGCUGGCGACCUCCCGCGCUACCUCCCAACGCUCGCGUUCCCGCCCUCCUAUUUCCAUCGUGUCAUACGCACCAUGGGAGGCGGCAACCCCAUCUGCCACAUCAACAUCGCUCCCUGGGGUGAGGAGAUCGCGGCGAACCUGCAGCUGUUACAGGACCGCAUGAAGAUGGAGACGCCGCAGGGCGGACACCACAUGGUCGUGCGCUGGGUGCACCGCUCGUCCUUCCACAUCCGCCCGUCGCCGAGCGGGAAACCCCCGCGCAUCCCGCAGUCGAAGAACGUCGGCCCCGGCCCCGGCCCCGGCGAGAUGUGGUUCGUCGACUCCGGCUGGUUCGGCACUGUCGUCGUCGAGGCUGAGGGCACGAACGAGGGCCUGGCGGAUCUGCAGGCCCGUUGUCGGGGGGCGUUCCCCAUUCGCGCGACCGGUGCGGCCGCCAACGUGGCCCUCAGCCCGGAGCGCGUGGCCAAGGACGAGGCGAAGCGGAACGUUUUCAGAAUCUUGCGGGACAGGAGUCGGCCAGGAGAGAUUUGGAUCCGGACGGUGACGGAGAAGGAACGUCUUAUACCCCUGUGA